CGCUGAUUCAUAGCAAGAAAGAAAGUGAACGUGAAGCCGAAAAACAAAAAGUAUGAAAUAACCCGGGAUGAAAAUGGGUAAGAUUAUACUCGACGAAAAUGUCCGAACGUUUUUUCAUGGGCAGAGGAAGUGAAUGUUGAUACAUACGAAGAAUUUGUUCCGGCUGCAGGUAGAGGAGAAGAGUGAUGGAGUGUGACGAGUGAGCAACGACGAGAGACGAGAAAGCAACAGGUGCCAGUAACAAGGCGAAGCACAACAAGUAAUCGCUUCGAUUCGGACUUCUAAGCAUGAGGAAAUUUUAUUUUUAACACACGCGCUAGGUACUGCUCGUUAGAAAUAAAAUACCACCUAAAAGUUGGUUUUUCCCGUGGAAGAGAACUCGCGUUCGUGAGCAGUGAAGGUACAUCAACGAAUUACAAAGAGUCGGACGAGAGUUCGUUCUUGCUGAGAGAAGAGAUUUCGUGGUCGAUUGUUUCCUGCUUUCCCCCAAACGUUUACAUGUGAACUCCUCGUCAUAUAAGUUAGUCCUUCUUCCACGAUUGAUGCAAUAGCAAUUUCAACAUCUUCUACACAGGCCGCGGGACGACCAGUUUUUUGAGUUUCAUCUUAUGUUGCGGAAAAAAAAACCGAAUAUUGUGACGUAUCAGAGGCGACGAGAAAAUGACAAAAGUUAACAUGCGGCCCAUUGUGGAAGGAUGAUCUCAGUUGGAGAAUGAAAGAGAUCACCUUCUGGUAUAAAAGGACAGCGUCUUUUUCUUCUUUCUGUGCUGUGAGUGUGCAACCACUUCAUCUACGUAGAAGUGCCACCUGCGGUGUGCUAAGUCCUCUGCCGCUGCGAGAGCCGGAAAAUAGAGAGCCACUCUGUCCGUGGAAUCAAUCAAGAAGACCAUUUCAUCCGUCGAAGAGGAGGAUAACGCGUUGAAAUAAAGGGUCUACUUUUCGCUGGAGAAACUGCGUCAAUAUGGCGCUGGUGGCGGUGAGCAAGCACCCUGCGGCGCACACGGAAAAUUUCCGGUCCACCAAUGUGCGUUUUUUGCAGGAACAGAACAAGCAGGCCUUGUCGGCCUUGCAAAAGGUUGAAGAAGAGAGAAAUGAGGUAUAGUACACGACUUUUUGCAACUCCUUUCAGUGGUCUUGACUGUCGGCAGUUCUCGUUGCACUGAGUUUGUUACUAGUACCAUUCCUACUGACAAUACAGCAUCGGAGACACGACCUUUUUCGAUAUUUUGCACACGUCGUCUAUAAUAACAUCAAGCAGACCACCGAGCUACUACAAGUUGACCGAAAUAAUAAAUUUUUUUAUUUCACCUUUCUCAGGCUUUCGCGGUCAUUAAGGAAUGGGAGGCCAAGCAGUCGAAGCUCGAGGGCGAAUAUGACGACCUGCAGUAUCAGCUCGAGGACCUGGAGCAGAGUAACAUCAAGUCCCGCGCGGGCCUGCAACAAAAGGAUGAGCACGUGCGCGUGCUGUCGGAGCAGAACCGGCAGCUGCUCACCAUGCUGGAAACGGAAGAGGCGAAGGCAAAAAGCAAACAGGAGGAAGUCGUGGUGGCCAUUGAUCUCAACAAAAGUCUAAAAGAACUGCAGGUACUUUGAAAAUAUGAUUUUUGUGAUGCUGAAAGGAAAAUGAUUUAUUCCCCGUUCGUUUUCUACACCUAGUUUUGGAAGGCAAAGUGCCAACUUCUUCAAAAUGUUUGAAGUACUCGUCUGCACCAUCUCCGUUUUUAAUAAAGUUAAUGCGUGUUAUGAAGUGCAUUUGGCAUAUACCACAAUUACAUGAUACCACUCGACGAAAAUAAUUAUAUCAGGUGAAGUUCGAGAAGAUGAAGGCGAGCGGAGAUGCCCAGCUGCUGGCCGUUACCACUGAGGUGGUGAAGCUACAGGAGGAGGCCAAGAAUGCGCGCAACGAAACCGAACAGCUGCAGACGGCGGCGCGGAAUUUCACCGCGCAGGCCAAGCGGGACAUCGAGGAACUGGAGGAGCGGCUGCAGGAGGCCAAGAAGCAGAACGUGCUGCACCUGCAGCAGAUCCAGCACAACGAGGUGAACGAGCACCGGUUGCUGGAGAAAAUCAACUCCUGGAAGUUGCAGAUCGAGGAACUCGGGGUGCAGAAAAAGGCCAUCAAGAUCCAGCUGGACGGGGACCUCAUGGCCCGCGGGAGUUGGACCAAGAGCAAGAUGGACAUUUUGAAGCGCACCGAGAUGCUGGAAGAAACCGCGGGCGAGCUGCGGGCGGCGAUCGUGGCCGCGGAGCAAACCAACAGCAACAUGACGGAGGAGAAUCGCAAGGGGGCGGAAAACUUCCGGGAGAUGGGGGACAAGGUGUACUCGCUCAUGGACCAGCUGCGCAUGAACCAGGUAAACUUGAAAAAAGAGGAAUCCACGGCGAAGGACCGGGAAAAGAAGAUCGUGCAGCUGGAGAAACAGUAUUUAUUAGUUGGGGCUACUAAAGGCGAUAUUUUUUGUUCUCCUACUAUGAGCUGUAGAAGUUGAUGUUGUAGUGCGGUCGUUUCUUGAUACGUCGGCGAUGAUCGGAAAGAUGAGUAAAACUUUUGUACAAGAGCAUCAAAUACUUCUUUUUACGCAUGCAGUUCCCGUUCCGUACGUGAUCAUGCGGAACAUCAAGCGAAGCGAAUGAAUUUUCCAAACAGGUACCAGCUGCUGCAGCAAAAGCUUUCGCUGGAGGUGGAGGCCAAGCAGCAAGCCGAGCAGGAGUCCCGGUCUUCGGCGCAGAUGCAGGCACUGCUAGGGAAAAAGAACAAGAAGCUCGAGGAAGGUUUGCAGCUGGCGCUGCGCGGGCAGGAAAAGGCGGAAAAGAAGCAACAGGAACUGGCGGACAAGGGGAACGCGCUGCAGACGCAGAACGCUUACUUGGCGGCCCGCGUCGACGGGCAGGAGGAGGAUAAGAUGGCUCUGAAGGCGGAAAUACGGAAGCAGGCCGAGGACGGGAAGCAGUGCCAGCUCACCUACCAGUCGUUGCAAACCCAAAAAACUGAAAAAGAGGACGAGCACAACGCGCUAGAGGCGGAAAAAGCAGCGAUAACAGCGGAGUUGGACUACAUACGAAGAGAGGACAUGUUGGACGAAACAGGGAGAACAAAGGUGAGUACUUAGUUUUAUAGUCUAUAGACAGAUAAGGACUUGACUCAAAAGCUGUAGAGGAGAGUUGCGAAACCCUUAAACAGGGUCUAAAGUUGCGGCUCAACCUGCAGCAAACCUGGAGCAAACCCCUAGGGCUUUUAGAAGUGGCGCAGUUUUCUACUCGCGAAUGCGCACGCUAUUCGACCCAAAAGAUGGAGGUCGACCCGUAGGGAACAAGCAAAAAUCGCGAAAAGUGCGACAUUUUGGAAGCGCUGAACCUGCAUGCUAUUACGACAAAACCUGGAGCUUUUCUGGGGCUCGAGCUCUAGAGCUUUUCAUGUAUUUGCGCUCUUAUUUUUCGAAAGCGCGUGCUGCUGUGGAAAUAUUUGUAUUUCCGACAAAUUCUACGACUUGAGCUGUAGGGGUUCAGCGCGAUGAGCGACAAAGAAACCCCUGGGCGCUGCAAAAAUAGCCCGAGCCCUACACGCAGCGACAACCCCCGCGCUCAGAAGAGAGCCCCUUGUCGCCUUCAAUAUGCAAGUGCCCCUCGCCCAGUGUUGUGCGCCCUGCUGCUGGUGGCGGCAGCCCUUGCCCCUGCGUGCGGGCGCCUGCCACGUCGCCCUGGCAGCAUUUCUCGCUCUUUGCGUUAGGUCCUGCCCCUCGCAGUAACUCUUGUCCCUCGCAGUAGCUCUUGCCCCUCGCAGUAAGUCUUGCCCCUGCGCAUACGCCUUGCCCCUGAUAGGACUUCUUGCCCUUUGUAAUACUAGCACCCCUUGCCCCUCGCAGAACAUCUCGCCCCUGCAGGCACAUCUUGCCCCUGAUAGGAUGUCUUGUCCCUUGUAGUACUAGUGCCCCUUGCCCCUCGAAGUACAUCUCGCCCCUGCAGGCGCAUUUUGCCCCUGAUAGGACUUCUUGUCCCUUGUAGUACUAGUGCCCCUCGCCCCUCACAGUACAUCUCGCCCCUGCAGGCACAUCUAUCUUGCCCCUGCAGGCACAUCUAUAGUUGGACUACAUACGAAGAGAGGACAUGCUGGACGAAACAGGGAGAACAAAGGUGAGUAUUUAUUUUACACUGAAGCUGGUUGAACUUGUUUUCCUUCAUGAUAUGAACGAAUGAAAUGCGCGUCGAUUCUUUUCAUUUUUCAUGGUGUUGUUUUAUCAGCAUGGUCAUAAGAAUUUAGAUUGGUUUUACUUUCCCUAUCAAAACAGCCUGUGCUCAUCGAGUCCAACGACAGCAAGCUGGUGGAGCGAUUGCAAAUAAACGAGUUCCUAUACUCCGCGCAGCAGGCCAGAAACCCAGUGCCCAUGAUCAUCGAAAAGGUACUCCUGGUCGCGGCUAUUCUGAUGUGUUUUUGCGAAUGGUGACGGUCAAUAAAAAGAAAAAAUCAACAUCUUCUUGAUGUGGUAAAUCAAUAGACAAGAAGAUACAUAGUAUAUCCCAUCAGGAAUGUUGAUUAGAUGACUACAAUCAACCAAGGUUUCGCACGUUCUUGAGCUGCUCCACACGGCGCAAACCCAGUCAGACCAAUACCUGCUCGACCUGCAGAAAUCGAACUCCUUGCUGCAAGCGCUGCGACAGAAGAACCUCACUUUGUAUGAAAAGUCGCAGGCGUGCGAGAGCUGGAAGCUGCGUGCGCUGAUGAAGAUUGUGGCCAACGCGUUCCAGUCGCGUGAAAGCUACAGUGGCAUGCACACCUCGGACACCUGCAAUCUGUUUCUGGACGGGCUGCAGUACACGACGAAGGAGCUCGAGCAGCUGAAGGAGCUGGUGAUUUCCUACGACAGGCAGGACAAAGUGCACCAGCUGCACCUGCAGGACAACGGUUUGACCGACGACGCGUUGGGCAUACUCCAGGACUUGCUCUCCACCAUGCCCUACCUAAAAAUUCUGGACGUGAGGAAAAACAAGUUGACCGACAUCGGACUGCAGUCCUUAAGGGUGUGGCUCUCGAACCAACCAGGUACUUAACAAGCAAGCAGAAUUUAAGUAAGUAAGUACUUAAGGAUUGAUUACAAAAUUAUGUAAGGAAAUCAUACAUUAAGUGGGCUGCACUAGGAGCAGUAGCUUGUUUUUUAUGUUCGCACCAUCUGCUUCUGUACGAACCAGACUUUUGCCUGCAUCUGCAAAUGUAGUGCCACAUCGAUCUCCUUACUAUCACUAAUAUUGCACGUUCUGGAACUAAACUUCUACUCCCAGGUAUAACCGAUGUGACCCGCGACUUGCAAGAAAUUCGGGCGCGCAGUGGGAACCAGAUUCGGUUACGCGUCCUUGUGGAGGAGCAGGGCGAGCUACGAGAGUGCACAACUCCACGUGCUCUCACGGAUUUUUCAUGCAAAAUGUCCGAAAAUCCUUUCAUGGCAGCUUUUUGGCCAUAGUUGAAGUUGUAUGACAAGUUGAUGUUCUGGAAGCCCAAACUUCUCUACAAUCUCUACGUCGAUCAUUUGUCAUGUAAAGGAUCCACGAUGUUGCUCUCGGUGCAGGUUAUUUCUGUUGCUCUGCGUUGCAAAUGAAGGUGAGCGAAAGUUGUGCACUCUCAUACGAGCAGCAUCACGAGCCGUUGCCGGUUUCCUUUUCUUCGUCCAACCAGAGGACCGAUAUGGCGUCUGUGCAGGCCGACGAUUUUCUGGCCAGCGCCGCCGGUGUCACCGCGGAGAAGGGACCGUUGUCCAGCUACAUCGACGUGCAACAUGCGAACCCGGCGGCCGGGGCGGCGAACGGCGGGGCCGCGGCCGGCGGCGAGAGUCUAGACCCGCAGUACGGCGGGGUGCCAGUCGGUUUGGGUGGGGCGGGUGACACGAUGGGCCGUUUGGGGGAAAAAACCGGACUGCCGGCUGUGAAGGCAAAGGCCGGGGCCGGACCCAAGGCAGGCAGGCGGUGAGUAGUGGAGGAAAUGUUGAGAUCUGUCCUGCCUUUUUGAAUUCGGAAAUCCGACGGUAUCAUAGAAAAAGAGUUCGAUGGGUGGUUUGAUUUCACCCACCGGAUGAUUUUUACUGUAUCUCGUCAACCGAAGGACUUACGAAUUAAUUAGCCAAAGAUGACACGUUAUUUUUCAGAUUGAUGACGCAAGCGUAACGAGAAGAACAAGGCAUUACGUUGUACUGAAAAGACAAUGCGCUUGUUCUGUCUCAGAUGACACGUUAUUUUAGUUUCUCAGAUUGAUUGACAUGGAGAAGGGUUGUUAGUUUACUACCCGGCUCACGAAGCAGCAGCUGUUAGCUGGCUUUGACGCUGCAGCAGGGCUCAGCAAAUCUAACGACGGUAGUACAGCCAAAUGCUAUUGCUAACUAAUAUGCAGAAUUGACGGAAAAAAGACUAUCCUACGUCCCAUACGCAAAAUGAUGUUUACAGUACGAAGCUGAUCAAAAUGAACGCAGAAAUAAUUGCUAGUGCUAGGUCAGACCUGGCGCUCUUGCAACGUGGCUACUGGCCUAGGACGUCCACGCACCCCAUGAGCUUUGCAAGCCGCCACGUCA